UAAUCAAAACAGAUGCUUGAUAAAUCUAAAGUGACAGAGCCACGUGGACUUCUGAGUUUAUUUUUUGUACAUUCGUUUUUUAGUCUCAGUUCCUUAUGUAGUACAAAUUAAAAACAGCUGUCUUUUUGAAGCAUAUAAAGAGGAUAUGUUACCAGCGAAAGUUAAAUUUGUUUUUACUUUGAUCACAUUUGCUGUUUCAAUUUGCCACGCAAAAACCGAUGGUUUGUGUGAGUUAGCAGCGUUUAUAGAAGAUGUAGAUGGAAAAAAUCCUCGUCUGAUAGAUUCUGGAAAAACGAGAGCUGAAAUAAAAUCAUGUGAUGAAGAAAAUAAAGAAAUAUGCAAAAACUUUGUUGAAAAGCAGGUAAUUGAAGGCACUGGAGGUGGAAAUUUUUCUCUGAUUUCAGAUGAUAAGGAUAUGUACACAGUAGGUGAUGUUCUAUGUGAUAAAGCUGAUGCCAUUGAAGAAAAUGUGCAAAACAAAUACGUUCAGAUAUACUGGAGACUAUGCAGUUCUUCUUGGGAGAAAACUUCAUUUAAAAUGCCUCAACCUUUAUGUUGUGAUGACGGCCUACACAUUCCAUGCAAAUUAUAAAAAUAAAUGUACUAAAAAUAAAUAAAAUUGAUUUUAACUAUUGUA